GCGGACCCGCGGGGAGGGCGUGUGUGUGAGUGUGAGUGAGUGUGUGUGUGUGUGUGUAGGGAGGGGGGGACGGUGGCGGCGGAACGGGCGGGCGCGCGGGAUGGAACACCGAGACACCGACGGAAUGCUCCGGAUCGCCACAUAAUCCUCUGGAACGGCCGCGCCGAACGCCAUCGGCGUCUCCCUUCUCCGCGUGCCGCCGCCGCCGCCGUCUCCCACCUUCGUCUCACCUCCUCCUCCUCCUCCUCCUCCCGCUGCUGCCUCCGGAGCUGGGGGGGCGACGCGAAGCCCCGCGACGAUGGAGCCCGCCGCCGCAGCUCCGGCACAGCGACUCGCGGACCCGGCGGGUGAGGACCGAGCCCCGGCGGCGGCGGCGGCGGCGGCCGAGGGCGCUCGGAGUCCGGCUCCCGCGCUGAGCGUGGCGGCCGCGAGCGGCGGGAACGGCGGCGCGGCGCGAGAGCAGGCCCCCUGCGAGGCGCCGCCGGGGCCAAUGCCCGGCCGCGCGGGAGGCACCGGGCGCAGGCGGCGGCGCGGGGCACCUCAGUCCUCGGCCGCUGGGGCCGUCCCGGUGCCCGCGGCCGGCGGCGGCGGCGGCGCCAAUUCGCUGCUGCUGAGGAGAGGGCGGCUGAAGAGAAAUCUGUCGGCCGCCGCCUCGGCGUCCUCGUCUCCGUCCUCGGCGUCCUCGGCCGCCGGCGGCCUCCCGGCCUCCUGCUCGGCCUCGGCGUCUCUGUGCACCCGGAGCCUGGACAGGAAGACGCUGCUCCUGAAGCACCGGCAGCUGCUGCAGCUGCAGCCGUCGGACAGGGACUGGGUGAGGCACCAGCUCCAGCGGGGCUGCGUGCACGUCUUUGACCGCCACAUGGCCUCGUCGUACCUGCGCCCUGUGCUCUGCACGCUGGACACCACGGCCUCCGAGGUGGCGGCACGGCUUCUGCAGCUGGGCCACAAAGGCGGCGGGGUGGUGAAGGUGCUGGGCCAGGGGCUGCCUCCCGCCGCCGCCCCUGCCGGCAGCGAUCAGACCGCGGACGCCGGACUCGGGAGGGACGUGGAGCCACCGCCCUCGAGUGGCACUCCCGGUGCUGUCGGGGUCCCCGCGCGCGCGCCUCCCGCCGAUCUGCCGCUCCCCGGGGGCGCCUGGACCCACCGCGCACCCCGCGCCAGCUCCGCGCCCUCGGACUCCAGCCCCGGAGAGCUGUUCGCGGGUGGCCCCGGUUCCCCGCCUCGCGCCCCGCACCCGGCCUCCGACACAGAGAGCUUCAGCCUGAGCCCCAGCGCCGAGAGCGUGUCGGAUCGGCUGGACCCCUACAGCAGCGGUGGCGGCUCCUCCUCCUCCGAGGAGCUAGAGGCUGCCGAGCCGGCCUUGGGCUCGACCGGGGCUCCUGGGCCGCCGUCCCUCCGUCCCGGCCGCACCGCUCAGCCUCGACCGCCUUCCCCGAAGACCUCGCCUUCCCCGCAGCCGAAAGCCCCGAGGGGGGUCGAUGGCACUGGCGGGAUGGCCGCCCAGGGUCUCAAAGAGGACAAGGCGGUGGCGGCUGCAGCUCCAGCCGGUCCUCUGUCGACUCCGGGGAGGAUCCGGGAGACCGCGCAAAAGACGACUUCGCCGCCUUCCCUGUAUGUACAGUUUCAUGGAGAGACUACCCGGCGCCUAGAGGCGGACGAGAAGCCAUUGCAGAUCCAAAAUGACUACCUCUUCCAGCUGGGAUUCGGGGAGCUGUGGAGGGUGCAGGAGGAAGGCAUGGACUCGGAGAUUGGCUGCCUCAUCAGAUUCUAUGCAGGAAAACCUCAUAGCACUGGGAGCUCCGAGCGAAUUCAGCUCUCAGGAAUGUACAAUGUCCGAAAAGGCAAAAUGCAGUUGCCAGUGAACCGAUGGACAAGACGCCAGGUUAUCCUGUGUGGGACCUGCUUGAUAGUAUCAUCUGUGAAAGACAGCUUGAGCGGAAAGAUGCAUGUUCUGCCACUAAUUGGUGGGAAAGUGGAAGAAGUGAAAAAGCACCAGCACUGCUUAGCGUUCAGCUCUUCGGGGCCCCAAAGCCAGACUUACUACAUCUGCUUUGAUACUUUCACAGAGUACUUACGGUGGCUGCGGCAAGUCUCCAAGGUUGCGUCCCAACGCAUAAGCUCAGUAGACCUCUCCUGUUGUAGCCUUGAACACCUGCCUGCCAACCUCUUCUACAGCCAAGACCUUACUCAUCUCAAUUUAAAACAAAACUUCCUAAGGCAAAACCCUACCCUCCCAGCUGCCAGAGGACUUGGUGAACUGCAAAGGUUCACCAAGCUGAAGAGCCUUAACCUUUCCAAUAACCACCUAGGAGCCUUUCCGUCAGCAGUCUGCAGCAUUCCAACCCUAGCAGAGCUGAAUGUGUCUUGCAAUGCUCUUCGAGAGGUCCCAGCAGCUGUCGGAGCGAUGCAGAACUUACAGACGUUUUUGCUGGAUGGGAAUUUUCUCCAGUCUCUUCCUGCUGAGUUGGAGAACAUGCACCAGCUCAGCUAUCUGGGUCUUUCCUUUAAUGAAUUCACUGACAUUCCAGAGGUGUUGGAGAAGUUGACUGCUGUGGACAAACUCUGUAUGGCUGGGAACUGUAUGGAGACCCUCAGACUACAGGCUUUCAGAAGAAUGCCUCAUAUUAAACACGUGGACCUAAGACUGAACGUACUCAGAAAGCUUAUAGCAGACGAAGUGGACUUUGUGCAACAUGUCACUCAGCUUGACCUGCGAGAUAAUAAACUUGGUGAUCUAGAUGCUAUGAUUUUCAACAACAUAGAAGUUCUGCACUGUGAAAGGAAUCAGCUGGUGACAUUGAACAUUUGUGGCUAUUUCCUAAAAGCACUCUAUGCUUCUUCUAAUGAACUCGUUCAGCUCGAUGUUUACCCAGUCCCGAAUUUUCUGUCUUACAUGGAUGUCUCAAGAAACUGCCUAGAAAAUGUGCCUGAGUGGGUAUGUGAAAGCCGAAAAUUAGAAGUUUUAGAUAUUGGCCAUAAUCAAAUAUGUGAACUUCCUGCCCGCUUAUUUUGUAAUAGUAGUCUCCGGAAAUUGCUGGCAGGACACAACCAGUUAGCAAGGCUCCCUGAAAGGCUAGAGAGAACAUCGGUGGAGGUCUUGGAUGUGCAGCAUAACCAGCUCAUUGAGCUCCCACCUAACCUCUUCAUGAAGGCUGACAGCCUGAGGUUCCUGAAUGCAUCUGCAAACAAACUGGAAACUCUGCCUCCAGCCACACUUUCUGAGGAGACAAGCAGUAUCUUACAGGAGUUGUACCUGACAAACAACAGCCUCACCGAUAAGUGUGUGCCUUUGUUAACUGGGCACCCGCGUCUGAAGAUCCUGCACAUGGCCUAUAACCGGCUUCAGAGCUUCCCAGCAAGUAAAAUGGCAAAACUGGAGGAACUUGAAGAAAUUGAUAUCAGUGGGAAUAAACUGAAAGCCAUCCCAACAACGAUAAUGAAUUGCAGACGCAUGCACACAGUGAUUGCUCACUCCAACUGCAUCGAAGUCUUCCCCGAAGUUAUGCAGCUCCCAGAAGUCAAGUGUGUAGAUCUGAGCUGUAAUGAGCUAAGCGAAAUCUCGUUACCAGAAAACCUGCCACCGAAAUUGCAAGAGCUGGACUUGACUGGAAACCCUCGCCUUGCCCUGGAUCAUAGAAGCCUGGAGCUGCUGAAUAAUAUCCGCUGCUUCAAGAUUGACCAGCCUUCAGCGGGAGAUGCAUCUGGAGCACCAGCAGUGUGGAGUCAUGGUUACACCGAAGCAUCAGGAGUAAAAAACAAGCUAUGUGUUGCAGCGCUGUCUGUGAAUAACUUCCGGGACAACCGGGAGGCCCUCUAUGGUGUGUUUGAUGGAGACCGGAAUGUGGAGGUGCCCUACCUUCUCCAGUGCACCAUGAGUGACAUUUUGGCUGAAGAGCUUCAGAGAACGAAAAACGAUGACGAAUACAUGGUCAACACGUUUAUAGUCAUGCAAAGGAAACUGGGAACUGCUGGGCAGAAACUUGGUGGUGCUGCUGUCCUGUGCCACAUCAAGCAUGACCCUGUGGACCUGGGAGGAUCCUUUACCUUGACCUCCGCCAAUGUUGGCAAGUGCCAAACGGUUCUCUGCCGAAACGGGAAGCCGCUGCCUCUGUCCCGAUCGUACACCAUGAGCUGUGAAGAAGAGCUGAUGAGGAUCAAGCAGCACAAGGCCAUCGUCACUGAGGAUGGCAAGGUGAAUGGAGUGACAGAGUCCACACGCAUCCUGGGCUAUACUUUCCUCCACCCCAGCGUGGUGCCUCGCCCCCACGUGCAGUCCGUGCUUCUGACGCCACAGGAUGAGUUUUUCAUUCUGGGCAGCAAGGGGCUGUGGGACAGCCUGUCCAUUGAGGAGGCUGUGGAGGCCGUGCGCAAUGUACCUGACUCUCUGGCUGCUGCCAAGAAGCUCUGCACCCUGGCCCAGAGCUAUGGCUGCCAUGACAGCAUCAGUGCUGUGGUCGUGCAGCUUAGUGUCACCGAAGACAGCUUCUGCUGCUGUGAGCUCAGUGCCGGGGGAAGCAUGCCACCACCUAGUCCAGGCAUCUUCCCGCCCUCCGUCAACAUGGUGAUAAAGGACAGGCCCUCAGAUGGCCUGGGCGUGCCUUCCUCCAGCAGCGGCAUGGCGUCUGAGAUCAGCAGUGAACUUUCCACCUCUGAGAUGAGCAGUGAGGUGGGCUCCACAGCCUCUGACGAGCCCCCGUCUGGAGUCCUGAAUGAGAACAGCCCUGCAUACCCCAGUGAGCAGCGCUGUAUGCUCCACCCAGUCUGCCUGUCUAACUCCUUCCAACGUCAGCUGUCCAGCGCCACUUUCUCCAGCGCCUUCUCUGACAACGGCCUUGACAGUGAUGACGAAGAGCCCAUUGAGGGCGUGUUCAGCAAUGGCAGCCGGGUAGAGGUGGAAGUGGACAUCCAUUGCAGCCGGGCCAAGGAGAAGGAGAGGCAACAGUACCUGCUUCAGGUGCCAGCCGAGGCCAGCGAUGAGGGCAUUGUCAUCAGUGCCAACGAGGAUGAGGCAGGUCUGUCCAGGAAGGCAGACUUUUCUGCUGUGGGGACCAUUGGGCGACGCAGGGCUAAUGGCUCUGUAGCACCCCAGGAAAGGAGCCACAACGUGAUAGAGGUUGCCACAGAUGCACCUCUCCGAAAGCCAGGAGGCUAUUUUGCGGCCCCGGCGCAGCCAGAUCCAGAUGAUCAGUUUAUUAUACCCCCAGAGCUGGAAGAAGAAGUCAAAGAAAUCAUGAAACAUCACCAGGAGCAGCAGCAGCAGCAGGCGCCACCCCCACCGUCCCAGCCACAGCCACAGGCACAGCCGCAGCCACAGCCGCAGCGGCAGCUCCAAGUGAACCACCUGCCAGACUGUUACGAUACACCUCUAUGACCUAGUCUGAGUACUGUUUUAAACAAUAAACUAACCAGAAAGACUGAGAGAGUCUCCCAGGCUCACGUUAAACCAGGGGUGUUACUCCGUGCCCUUCUCCCAGACACUGCCCCUCCUGUCUCUGCAGCUCAUCUGUAGGUCCUCUUUGUAUUGGUUACUUUUAAUAAUUGCCACUUUUCUUCUAGUGACACUUUACCAAUAUGAUUUAAAUUUGUUAACUCUUUUCCCUAACAUAUCAGAUGUGUAAAGACAAAGAACAAAAGGUUUAAUAUAUUACAGAGAAACAAUUAAUGAUAAUGUAAUUUUUAAAAAUUGCUUUUUGUUGUUUUGUUUAUUUGGAAGGCAGGGCAAGUUGCCAUUGCUAAAUGACUUAAUAAUAUUGUAAUUGUGUAUUUCUUUGUGGGGAAAGGCUUUUUUUUUUUUGUCUUGAAAAUGAUAGACAUUUGUAGAAUAUGGAGACUAACUCCUAGGAGUUGCUUUACUCUGUCAGGUGACUUAAGUCACUGGGAUUCACUAAUUUUCUCUGAGAGAACAGUUGAUUGAGAAAUUUCUAUUGUAAAUAGCUCAGUGUUGCAUAGUGAGGCUUAAAGUGUUUGUAGUCUUGGCGUAAGGACACAGCCGAAGUCACUGACUUCCUACCCCUCUGAAGAGCCCUCCCUAGCCCUCCCCACCUUACUCGUCUUCAGCGUGGGCCAUUUGGUCAGCGUGUUUCUGUGAAGAUAGUGUGGUUCUGAGGUCCCUGGACAAGAGCCUGCUCCUGGGACCCCAGAACCUUUUGCAGACACUUUUUAAUUGUGUUCCUUACUGCUGCCACAAUCAGCAUGACUGUAUAGAGUACCUUAGACCAUCUACACAUCGGAGUUAUAUUGAAGCAGAAUGCACAAAUGAACAUGUCAAAAUUUUUGUUAUAAAUAAAUACGAAAUUUACAAA